CGGGUCCCCUUUAAGUAAGCCCAUUUGCCUGUAAACCUGAUUUGUUUCCAGGGCAAUUCAGGAUACAGGCCUACUUACUUGAUUAGUAUUUAAGAAUUACUCUACAGCAUUAAAAAAACCUGUUAAAUAAUUGUCAUUGUUUUCAUUUGCAGGGAUUGGAAAAACUACUCUGAUUCAGAAAGCUGUAGAAGCUUUAAAAUCAUAUGGCUAUUCCAUUCAUGGAUUUUACACAGAAGAAGUAAGAGUAGGCGGAAGAAGAGUAGGGUUUGAUGUUGUAACCUUGGCUGGAAAACGUGGUACCUUAUCUCGAAUCAGCUCUGGUAUACCAAAAGAAAAGUGUAAAUACAUGGUUGGACAGUAUGCUGUAGACCUUGCCUCUUUUGAACAACUGGCUCUUCCAGUACUUACAGAUGUAAGUAAAGAUGUUGUCAACAAAAAGCACAAAACAAUAUGUAUCAUUGAUGAGAUUGGAAAAAUGGAACUCUUUAGCCAGUCAUUUAUUCAUGCUGUCCAAAAAACCCUGGAUUGUGAUACUGCUUUCAUAUUUGGGACUAUUCCAGUUGCGAAAGGGAAGCCGCUUCUACUUGUUGAAGAAAUAAAAAAUAGAGCAGAUGUGAGAAUAUUUAAUAUUACAAGAGAAAACAGAGAUGCUAUUAUGCAAGAAAUAGUGACAGCAAUACAAGACUGCUGUAAAUAAAGUUUAUGAAA